AUGGCGACUGGCAGCUCUGGAAGCAGCGUAAUAGUGAUUAGCUCUCAAAGCAUCACGCUCCCUGGUGGUGCCAUGGCCACUCUACCUCAGCAAACUAUUGUUAUCACAGCCACGCAGUACAUCACCGUAACCGGCGGCAACGGACCGGGAACAGGACUGGGCGGCGCAGGCACCAACCCCGGUGUGACAGCAACAGUGCCGGGAGGUGGCGCAGGAACUAAUCCGGGAAUCACAGCUACGAUUCCUGGCGGAGCGGGAAACAAUCCUGGCGUCACGGCCACCGUCCCCGGUGGAGCUGGAACUAAUCCGGGCGUCACUGCAACGGUGCCAGGUGGUGGCGCAGGAACGAAUGCAGGGGUCACAGCUACAAUCCCAGGCGGCGCUGGCACAAACCCUGGAGUAACAGCCACAAUCCCGGGCGGCGCUGGCACAAACCCUGGCGUUACGGCGACGGUGCCUGGUGGUGGAGCGGGAACAAAUCCAGGGGUGACGGCCACAAUUCCUGGCGGCGCUGGCACGAAUCCAGGUGUAACAGCUACUGUGCAGGGCGGCGCAGGGACCAAUCCGGGAGUCACAGCGACGAUAGUCAGCAAUUCCGUCGUCGUCUCCACCGUAGUUUCCAACGGCCAAACAGUGCUAUUGACCACAUUCGUGCCAGUCACGCAGACAGUGGUCAGUACUGCGGCGCCUCAGACCGUUACUGCCGUUCCUGUCACCACCGUCGUCAAUGGAGUCACCUACACCUCAGUCUCGGUUUCCGUUUCCCUGACAGGCGGCGGCGGCGGCGGACCAGCCGUCACAGUCACUGCCUCCGCACAACCGCCUGUUACUAUAAUCCAGACGGUUGGCGGCGGGGCUGCUCCCAGUAGCUCGGCCUUUACUUGUAAAACCACGCCGACCCCAGUCUUCAACACCGGGCCGCCUAUCUUCUCGCCAACUUUCCCUAUGGGCAUCGGGCCGUACAGGAAGAAGAGGAGCGUUAUCGAGUAUGGGCCGGACGGGCCAGCACUACCGGCAGCGCAGGAACCCUGGUAUAUUUGA